AGAGGAAAAUGUGCAGGGGAGGGGAAGGGGGAGCCCCGCUAGCGUUUUGGAGUGGGCUGUCAAAUGGCAGAGGGGAGAUGUGGCAAGGAUUUGGAAGAGGCCCACGGGAGAGGCGACCCUGAGAGAAAUAAGACCUUUGGUUUGAAAGGGCAAAAUGAAGACACCUGCGGGAGGGAAAGCAGCUGGUAACCCCGGCUAGACGCUGAGUUUUCUGCUCUCUUGAUUUGACAUUGAGCCUCAGUAGCUUCCAUCUCAUCUACCAACUCGCUUUCUAUCUACCAUACCUUCUGCUGUGACUCCCAAGGAGUGUCACAUUUAGACUAGAGGCUAAUAAAGAGGAUCUUCAUUUACAGGGGCAGCAGAAAGUCUCCAGUUUUAGGAUAAUUCAUAUGGGACACCUCUUCCCGAAAGGAAUUCAUUAAUACGUAACAUUGCAAAGGAAAAAGUAUUGGCAUGGUCUUCCCUGCCUCCCCUCUGGCCCCUGUUAGGGGGUAGCACUGGGCUGCUUGAUGGCUUGCUUCCUAAGGUUGACUGAAAUUUGUAUCUUUCAAUAGUUUUCAAACCUCAUCCACCCCCCGAAGAACCUUCGGGGUAUUAAGAAUACUACUGUCCCAAACGUAGAUGGUUCUGUUAAUAACACUGAAGAAGAUGAUGAAGAAGAUGUAGAAAGGAAGAGUUACUAAAAGGGAUCUAUGCAAUGGGAUUUAACAGACCAUCCAAAAUUCAAGAGAUGGCGCUCCCUAUGAUGCUGGCACACCCACCACAGAACCUCAUAGCCCAGAGCCAGUCUGGAACAGGAAAGACAGCUGCUUUUGUCUUGGCAAUGCUAAGCAGAGUUAAUGCCUUGGAAUUGUUUCCACAGUGCCUCUGCCUGGCUCCUACUUAUGAAUUGGCUCUGCAAACUGGCCGUGUGGUGGAACGGAUGGGGAGAUUCUGUGUGGAUGUUCAAGUGAUGUACGCCAUUCGAGGAAAUCGAAUUCCCAGAGGCACUGACAUCACCAAACAGAUUAUAAUUGGCACUCCUGGGACUGUCCUAGAUUGGUGUUUCAAGCGAAAAUUAAUUGAUUUGACUAAGAUUCGUGUGUUUGUCCUGGAUGAAGCAGAUGUGAUGAUCGACACACAAGGAUUCUCAGACCAAAGCAUUCGUAUUCAAAGAGCUUUACCCUCUGGGUGCCAGAUGCUCCUCUUUUCAGCGACCUUUGAAGACUCUGUGUGGCAGUUUGCUGAGCGAAUCAUUCCUGACCCUAAUGUGAUAAAGUUACGAAAAGAGGAGCUGACCCUGAACAACAUCCGACAGUAUUAUGUAUUGUGUGGGAAUAGGAAAGACAAGUAUCAAGCUCUGUGCAACAUCUAUGGAGGCAUCACCAUUGGCCAGGCCAUCAUCUUCUGCCAGACUCGUCGAAAUGCCAAAUGGUUGACUGUGGAGAUGAUGCAGGAUGGCCACCAAGUGUCUUUGUUAAGCGGAGAGCUGACUGUGGAUCAGCGAGCUGCCAUCAUUCAGAGGUUUCGGGAUGGAAAGGAGAAAGUUCUUAUAACGACCAACGUCUGUGCUAGAGGGAUUGAUGUGAAGCAGGUCACAAUUGUUGUGAACUUUGACCUCCCUGUGAACCAAGCAGAGGAGCCAGACUAUGAGACCUACCUCCACCGCAUCGGGCGGACAGGCCGCUUUGGGAAAAAAGGCCUUGCCUUCAACAUGAUCGAGGUGGAUAAGCUGCCCCUGCUGAUGAAGAUCCAGGACCACUUUAACAGCAAUAUUAAGCAACUUGAUCCUGAAGACAUGGAUGAAAUUGAAAAGAUUGAAUAUUGAAGACAGAACUUUAUCCUUUAAAAGUAUUCUGGUUUAUGUGAGAAUGUCCCAGUAGGUUUUGAAGGUAAUUUUUUAUGUUGAGCCUUUUCAACAUGAAACUGUCAUAUGUGGCAAAAUAAAUGUCAUGGUAGCCUUAGUUUUAAGACCUGAGGUCUUUUGAACUAAAUCGAUGUGAAAGCACUUGAUCCUUUUGAAUAAAAAAGCAAGAUUAUUUCUCAUUCUAA